AUGGAGCUUUGGGUCUUUCUGGUGUUGGAGGUGGUCCUGGUGUCCGCUGCUGCCAGGGGUCCACCCAGAGUGUCAGAGCGGGUGGCACACCGGCAGAGCAUCCGUCUUGGCCGCACCAUGAAGCUGCCCUGCCCCGUGGAGGGCGACCCACCGCCGCUCAUCAUGUGGACCAAAGAUGGUCGCAACAUCCACAGUGGCUGGACGCGGUUCAGGGUGUUACAGCACGCCCUGCGUAUCAAAGAGGUGGAGACUGAUGACGCAGGGACUUACAUCUGUAAGGCUACCAACGGGUUUGGCAGCGUGAACAUCAACUACACACUCAUCGUUAUAGAUGACUCCAGUUCAAGAGGCGGAGCAGCAACGGCCAAUGGUAAUUCUGAACACGCCCCGGAGCUCGCCGGAAAACUGGUGCGUCCACGUUUCACCCAGCCGUCAAAGAUGAGAAAGCGCGUCAUCGCUCGCCCGGUGGGCAGCUCAGUGCGCCUGAAGUGUACAGCGAGCGGUAACCCUCGCCCCGACAUCGUGUGGCUGAAGGACAGCCGGCCGCUGGUGGACGAGGACGGCGCAGCAGAAGGAGACGGAGAAGGGAAGAAGAAGAAGUGGACUCUGAGUCUGAAGAACCUGACGCCAGAGCACAGCGGGAAGUACACCUGCCACGUGUCCAACAGAGCAGGAGAGAUCAACGCCACCUACAAAGUGGAAGUCAUACAGCGAACCCACUCUAAACCCAUUCUGACCGGCACUCAUCCUGUCAACACCACCGUGGAUUACGGAGGAACCACGUCUUUCCAGUGUAAAGUCCGCAGUGACGUCAAGCCGGUUAUUCAGUGGCUUAAAAGAGUCGAACCUGGAGACGAGAACAAAUUUAACUCCACCAUUGAGGUUGGAGACCACCGCUUUGUGGUGCUGCCCACGGGGGAGGUUUGGUCUCGUCCUGACGGAUCUUACCUCAACAAGCUGCUGAUCACCAGAGCCAAGGAGGAGGACGCCGGCAUGUACAUCUGCCUGGGAGCCAACACGAUGGGCUACAGCUUCAGGAGCGCCUACCUGACUGUGCUACCAGAUCUGAAGCCCCAAAACAACGCUGUCCCCACAGCGACGUCCCCGAGCCUCCCCUGGCCCGUCAUCAUCGGAAUACCAGCAGGCGUCGCCUUUAUCUUAGGCACCGCCCUCCUCUGGUUCUGUCAAUCAAAACGCACCUGCUCCUCUUCUUCAUCCUCCUCUGCUCUUCCCGCCGCUCAGCGUCUACCUGCCGCCAAUCGUGACCGAGCCUGCCCGGCGCUGCCUCCUCAGCCAGCCAGCGGAGAUAAAGAUUGCCUUUCAUACGAGGACUACAUCGCUCACCAGCAGCUGCUCCUCGCUCAGGGCGGCACUGGAUUGGCUCCUAAGGUCUACCCGAAGAUCUACACGGAUAUACACACGCACACGCAUUCACACGUGGACGGGAAAGUGCAUCAGCACCAGCACAUUCACUACCAGUGUUAGCACGCUUUUGGCGUUGAACAUAUCGCCGUGCACGCAUCCACAAAGGUCCAUACUCGCUGCUGACGUACAGAGCAAAGAACAAGAGACCACGCAACUCUUCCUCAUUCUGCUGCAGACACGUUAUCGUGCAAACAGACUUAUUCAAGACACAAACAAUGAAGAAUGUAAAGAAAGAUACUUAUUUUUAGCCAAUUCAGUGAAAUCUAUAACAGAAAAACCCAAAACAUGUUUUAUUCAAAGCUUUUUUUUAUAUGGAGUCUUUUCUGCAGAUUUUUAAAUCUCUAUUUUUUUGCUCAUUUGAAGCAACAAUGAACUCAAAACUCAACAGUUUCUCUGUUCUUUUACUUUGGACACAACCUCAACCUCCUCAGAAAAAAUAGCUCGCCUGCGCUACGAGGCUCCGACUGCAGCUUCUCAUGUAUAUAGUGGAAUAUAUGGCAUUUAGCACGCUACUUCAUCCUGGGUAAUCUCUUAAGAAUAAUAUAGCAUGUAUGUAUUGUAAUAGCAUUUCAGAGUGUAUCUCUAACUGAGCCAUAAAACACACAAAUCAAGGCAAACUCAUGAUGUAUCCACACCCUCUGCAAGGAUCUCUGCCGCUCUGAUGUCCAGCUGCUAUCUGGGGACUCUGGUAAAGAGCUAACGUCAAAGUCAGACGGCGUGAAUCUCUCUUAGUGGAUUUCAGCAGCAGCUUUAGUGUGAUUUCUGCUACAAACAAGGAUCCUCCAGAUCAUUAGAUCUGUCCCAACCACGAUAAGUACAUCUACUGACAGUUUCUGCCUCUUAACUUCCUGGAGCAAAAGUGCCACUUCCUCUGUGCCUUCUCAGCUGUGUUUGAUGCUUGCUGACUUAAAACGAGAGCGAGGAAGGAUAUCAGUUGUCCUCAUGUCAUACGUUCAGCCUCUUCAGCUCCCGGUGCAAAGGGAUCAUCAACAACGCCUCGGUGUAAAACGGUGCCUUCUAACAAUUGUUUCCAGAUUUCGUGGAUCGCUGUCGGAUCAGUGGAUACGUCGCAGAGUCUCGUUAAUCUGUGAUGAGAUUUAGAGGGCUCAAAAGAGAGGAACUUCAUCUUUAACUCAAAGUCCUCGACUCUUCUUCCUAAAGCGCCUCGUAAUGUGACCUCAAGUAUGACGGAGCAGGGUUUGCAUGCGCUCUGAUCUCCACGUGGUUUGUUACAAAGCAUAUCCUGUAUUGUUUUUAUCUGAGGAAGAAAUGUUUUGGAUAAAGUGCGGCCGUCUUCUCACCUGCAGAGCUCUCUGUCACCACGAUCGGGAAAAUGCAAGAUGUCGCAGUACAAAUCUAAAAUGCAGGGAUGCAUCACAAACAUUUAGAGCCAGAAAGUUGUUACAGCAGCAUCCACUGCCAAGCUACAAGUACAUCAACUUAUUCUGAUUCUGUACUGUGGCAAUGAUUUAUAAUGAUCACAUAAAUUCAAAGAAAUGUCUGGGGUAUUUGAUUCUGAAUGUUUUGAUUCACUCGUCUGCAGAUUUACGGCUAAUUUUAUAAACGGCCUUAAGAAUGUUUUAAAUGAUGAGAUGAGACACGCGUGUUUGAAAUGAAUUUACAGGAGCAAUUGAAGCAUUUUUUUGCUAUUUCAUUACAAGUCAGUCUCAUGUUAAAGCCAUUUAAAAACCCAACACGCAACAUUUAUUUUCACGGGUGUUUUCACUCCUUUUGGCUGAUUGUUAAUAUUUCCCUCACUCCUGUGUAGUUUUGCUGCUUCGUUAAGGUGUGGACAGCCGAAAUAUUUACUAUUCUCAUUAAUACAUGACUACAUUUACAUGCACAGUAAUAUUUCAUUAUUAUUCUGAAUAUGAAACUAUUUUGAAGCUGGUACAGAUCAUGUAAAGAGCAUAUUCUGUUAAAAUAUUCUGAAUAAGGCCUUUUUCCAAAUGUAGCAUAUUUUGAUUAUGUGGGAUAUGCCAAUAUUAUUCAGGUUUUAGGAGUAAUCUUUGGACAUGAAUACAUUCAAAAUAUGUUUUGUUUGGUUUUUCUUAUACUGCAGUUUGCCUGUCAAAUCAACUGGCCAAAAGUUUGCAAUGCACGUGUAGAGAUGCAUGCUCGGAAGAAAAGCCCACAUUUCUGGUCAGAUGCAGAAACACACUUCCUUUAAAACAUCGUGGAUAUGAGCAGGUUUUUGGAUAUAUGUUAGUAUCGCUGCUCUGACCUGGUUGAAGGAAUGAAAAAGGGAGGUUGUAUUUGUGAUGAAUGCCUUGUUAGGGCUCAACGUCCCGUUACACAAUAGUUUGCAUGAUCUCUAACAAAGUAGUGCCACAUGCAUGAUGUUACGUACUUAACAUAAAGUUAGGUUCAAUUUAGAAAAAAAACAUGGUGAUGAUGUACCUUAAAAUAACUCAAAAUUCACUUGGUUUCACAUCGUUUUGAACAUCAGUGUCCGGGUGGACCGUCCAGUGCUGUUUCACCCGUCUACCCACCUGCCUCCUCACAGAGUUUCACUCUUUUUGCUACGUACUUGUCUGCUCAUGUCAGCGCAUUGAUCACGUGACUGCAGCUUUUCUGAUUACGCGGGUUAUACACGAAUUCCUGGCUCAUGAUUAUAAAGGUUAUUAAGUGUUGCAUUACUUUUUGUUGGGCUCUUCGAUCGGACGAUGCACAGCUGCAUGUAAACAGAAAUAUAAAUGAAAUAUUCAUUUUCAUCAGUCAUUUAAACACCUCAAUAGGAACUUUGUCUUUUUUAGAAAUAACGUCAAAACCUGUAAUAUAUUGUGCAUGUAAAUGUAGUCGGUGUAUUUGGUAAACUUGUGUAUUCCCGGCAUCGCUCCUCCUGACUUGAUCCUGAGCAGAAGUCCAAUCAGCCAGAUUAACUGGAAACACCUGUGCGGAGCUCAGAGCCUUUCGUUUGUACACGGAGGUCACCAGCAGCUGUGGUGAGUAAAGCAGUUAGUCCGCCAUAUAACUGAUCCCAGAAUAAGCUGUUUUCAAAGCCAGUGUAAGCUCAAGUUGGCGAGAGUGGAUUCAAAAUUCAGAUCAGAUUUGUUAGGUGAUGAUGUUGUUUGUGAUUAUAAAACCCCCAUGAAGCCACUGCAUCAGGAGAAAGAUAUCCGGGUAUCUAAAUCCCAAUGAUCAAAGUGAAAAAAAGGUUUUCAAGUGUAUAAAAAUGCUUUUUUAGUAGCACAAAUAUCCAAAAUCUAAAGGUUACUUGCAUAAAGCCGACGUACUGAUCCCACCUUCUCUUGUUACUGGGUUUGUUCGUGUGUUUGAAUGACUGUUAGUUGUUCUUUUACUCUCAUUGUAUCUCUGCAUCUUUGCUUUCACUGCUCUGAUAAGUUUUUGGAAGUUUCCUCACACCACACUAUGAUAAAAUCACCUAAAAUUACCCAAACCUCACUGGGAACCAGCCUCAACAACCCUCCUCAGUCCAGCUACGACAGACUUUCUCUCUCUCAGGUGUCCACCUCGUUGUUCCUGCGUGCUCAUGAAUCUGACCACUAUAUAAAAACUGUAAACGGAUAUGCUGAGAUAAGAUUUAGGUUUCAGCUGUUUUACAUUACAGCUCUCUGUGAAAGGCGCGCUCUCGCCGUGUGUUUGGUUGAAACAGCGGGGUGACUCUGUCCAGAGAUGUUCAAACAAAGACAAAUGCAAAUGUGAAAUAUGGAAGAAGUUGUAGGACUUGUCAUGUAGUCGAUCACACAAGUGAGCGUUUCUCUCUGCAGACCUCCUUCAGGACGAAAUACAACAGUGAGAACUUUACUGCCGCGCGUUCAAACGACCAUGUGACAGGAAGUGAUAUAUUGAAAUCACCUGGUAUCUUUAGUUUCACAUGUGGUCGUUCAUCAGCGUGUUUGUGCACAUUAAUCUUUAAACUCAAGUAAAAACAAAUAUAAACAUAAAGAUACUUUAUAUGUGCCCUUUUUAUAGUGCUCAUUGUUAGACAUCUUUGUCCUAAAAAGCUUUGAAACCUGCCAAAUUUAUGCUUGUUCCCGUUCAUUUUAAAUCCCUUUAACCUGUGAAGUGCUUUGUGUUAUUUUAACUGCUGAAUAAUUAGACUUUGUGCAGAUAAAAUGUGCCACACCUGUAAAAAUGCAAAAAGACCAAUUUCAAUGAUUGAAUUUAACGUAAUGUUCAUCGGAUACCUUCAACAGAAACAGUCUGUGAACUUGUCGUCCGUCGUUUUUAAUCUUCCAGCAGAGUGCCCUCUGUCCUUUACCAUGUUACAUUUCAAAUAUAUCUAAAAUUAAGACAGACAAGACACUGCAAACGAUAAACAUUUAUCAAAACGAUUUUUUUCUCUAGAAACAACUUUAACUAAAUCUUUGUUUUUCUUUUUUUUUAAAGAAAUUAAAUUAUGCAAAGUCAGCAUCAUAGAUUUAAAGGUCUAGUGUUUAAAAUAAGUUGGCAGAAAUUGAAUUUAAUAUAAUAACUAUGUUUUCUUUAAAGAUAUAAUCACCUGAAAAUAAGAAUCGUGUUUUUGUUAACUCAAGGAGUCCAUGUUGCACUGCCGUGUUUCUUCAGUAGCACUGGCUCUGCUUUUUAUCAUGUAAAACUGCUUUAUUCUGUAUUUUUACAGGUUUAAAACACUAACUUUGUUGAGGUAGAGACCCCUGUGGGUAAUUUGGCUCCCAGUAAAAAUUUGAACAUGUAGAUCUUAAGAUUUCAGAAAAAAAAAAGCGCACUUUAACAGGUGCUGAGCCGGCAGCCUGUCACCAAUUAGCUGGACAGUAUCAAAAAAAUACUGAUUUAUAACACGAAACAGCUUUAUUUAGUGUUUUUGCUGGUUUUAGUCACGUGGUCCAUUCGAUUAAGCGAGGAGGAGACCUCUGUGGAAAAUUCAGCGCAGUAAAAAUCUGAACGAUGAACACGUUUCGGCUGGUUGCAUCUGCACUCCUCACCACUAGAUGUCACUAUAUCUCCCUUAAAUCUCACACACUGCUUCUUUAACAUAUUUUUAAAAAGACAAAUGAAAAUUAGAAGAUGGAAAAAAACAGCAUUUUUUCAGCUUUCUUGAAAUAUUGCAUACGUAGCUCUUCCUGUGACGUUUUUGUUUCCUCCCAUCUUCUCUGCUUUGAAACAUCUGUUGACAAAGUCACCCUGAACAGCUGGAGCGUCUUUCAUUUUAAAGUGGAAAAAGUUUCCAAACAGUAAAAUUUUCCCCAAUCAGCACUCUGUUUUCUGUGUUACCUUUCACAUGUUAAACCCAUUUACGUUUUAUUGUGUCAAAGCUAAAGGACUGCCAGUAGACAGACUGUGUGCGUGUGCACCAACGUGACUUUAGCGUUAAAAAACGACAGUAAACGACAGUAAGUGUCGAUAAUAAGUAAGAUAAUUUAGUGAGUUUAAUGCUUCGGACCAUACAGUAGCUCUAGCAACACAUUGGCCUGAUUAACAUUGUCUCAAGAUUCAAAAAGAAAGUGUUUCUAAUUUAUUUUAAACAUGUUUUAUUUUCAUAUAAUUGGGCAUUAUACUGCAUGAGUGGAUUUUGUGUUAUAGUAGAAAUGUAAGCUAUGUAGCAAAUACCAUGUCCAUGUCAUUGUAAGAUACCGUAUUUAUACGCGCUGAUGGAAUAUACGAAAUUUUAUCGAUAAUCUUUGUAUCGACAAUCUUGUACAGUCUAUUGUCAUUUAGGUUAAAAUUUAGUUUUCUCCCAUUGUAAUCAUUUAUUGGUGCCAUUAAAAAAAAAGUUAAAUCGA